GUUGUUCUUUGGAUUCUUUGGGUAGUCGAGAUCUUAGUAUAAAGUUAGAGCUGCAUCCUGUUGCUUUUAGUCCAAGACACCAGCUUUCCAAGUUCUACUUACACUCAUUUGAAACGAAAAUUCUCAAUCAGCUUCAUGUAUUAUUCACUCUUAGCUCUUGCUGUUAUCAAAUUCACUCUCGCUUGUCCUCGACAUGACUUUGGAAUCCAUAACAACGUCAUUGGCAAGCGAGCAGCGCAUGACAAGGACUGGAGCUAUGAGACCUCUUUCAACUGGGGAAAGAUCAAUGCAGGUACGUAUAUCUCUAUGAAAUUCAACACUCUCCCAAUUCUUAUAAACCGCACAGAUUAUACAGCCUGCCAAACGGGAACCAACCAAUCCCCCAUUCCCUUGACGCUCACCCAGGGCAUAUCGCAAGUCCACAUUCCAAUAUUCAACUACGGCACUCCCAUAGCAGGAAAUGUCUAUAACUGGGAACACGGCCCAUCGUUCACAGCGGACACCAACGCUACUCCUCUUACCCAAGGCCCAUCUAUGACAUUUGAUAACCAAACACUCUACUUCCAAGGAUGGCACAUCCAUGCCCCCGCCGACCAUAGCAUUCAAGGCGAACGUUCAAAAGCCGAACUCCAUCUCGUCCACGCCAAUGCCUACAACAUCACGCGCGCUGUGGUUGCUAUUCUCAUUGACCCAGGGAACGUCGACUCUGCUUUCGCCUCGCAAUUCAUCAAUGCUCCUUGUCCAUCCUUCAAUUCUACUGAUAGUAUCCCCGUUCCAAACAUGGAUCUGUCAUUGGCUAUUCGGGAGGCUGGAAACUUUGCCGAGUUCUGGACUUAUGAUGGUAGUCUAACGAGUCCUCCAUGUACUGAGGGUGUCCGAUUCUUUGUCAGCCGUUCGGUUAUGACUGUUAGCAAUAAGCAGAUGCAGGAUAUUUUGAGGGUUAGCACUUUCUCGGCGCGACGGGAACAGGAGGUUUGGUUGCACUCAAUCAAUAUAUGAAGGGCCGGUGUACCUGAGUUGAUUGAUAUUCAUGAAAGUCUGUUUUUUGUCAUGGGGUUUUCUUUUCUUAGUAUAAUAUAUUAGGUAUCCUUGUAUAAAGUUACGACUUGUUAAAAUAGAU